CAGGCACAGCGUCAGACGACUCAGGGGCCUAGUGCAGGUAUUAAACUAGCGUCGCGCCCUGAUGACGUCCUCUUUACCCGCUGCCUGAGAGGAGCAAAGGAACUUAAAGUCCACCAUCCAUCCUUUAUCUACAAUGGCCGAGGAAGGCAUUGCUGCCGGAGGUGUGAUGGAUGUCAACACCGCCCUACCUGAAGUGCUCAAGACCGCACUCAUCCACGACGGUCUUGCCCGUGGCAUCCGUGAGGCUGCCAAGGCCCUGGACAAGCGUCAGGCCCAUCUUUGCGUCCUUGCUGCCAACUGUGAUGAACCCAUGUACGUCAAGCUGGUAGAGGCCCUCUGUGCUGAGCAUCAAAUCAACCUGAUUAAGGUCGACGACAAUAAGAAGCUCGGUGAGUGGGUCGGUCUAUGCAAGAUCGACCGCGAGGGCAAACCCCGUAAGGUCGUGGGCUGCAGCUGUGUCGUUGUCAAGGACUAUGGCAAGGAGUCUCAAGCCAAGGAUGUCAUUGAGGAAUACUUCAAGUCCAAGAAGUGAGGGCCAAUAAAAAAAUGAAACGAA